AUGGGACUGUUGAAGCCGCUGCUGGGGCUGCUGUGGCUUCGCUCCGCUCUGAUCUGUGCAGGCGGCUGCAGUGAGCGAGUGGAGGUCCACACAGAGAGAAGGGGGGUCAUUUUCAGCCCUUCGUGGCCUUUAAACUACCCCUCCGGAGUAAACUGCAGCUGGCACAUCCAGGGAGGUCAGGGCGAAGUCAUCACCAUCAGUUUCCGUAACUUUGACAUGGCUGAAUCUGAGCGCUGCUCUGGGGACUGGCUGGCACUGACCCCCACAUGGGAAGGGGAAUCGCGGCUGUGUGGUGCUGUGCUGCCUCCUCCCUUCAUCUCCACCAGGGGGCGUGUUUGGAUCUCCUUCCACUCUCAAGCAAACAGCUCAGGUCAAUCCCAAGGGUUCCGGCUCUCCUACAUUAGAGGUCGCCUUGGCCAGAGCAGCUGUCAGUCGGACGAGUUCCUGUGUGGGAAUGGGAAAUGUCUUCCUCGUUCUUGGAGGUGCAAUGGUCAGGAUGAAUGUGGAGAUUCUACAGAUGAGCGCAGUUGUAGCGCUCCACCGACACAAUCUCAGUUUGGCCUCUGUCCUUUCAACUCUGUCCCGUGCACUCAAGCCCAGUCCACGCGCUGCUUGCCGGCGUCUGUUCGCUGCAAUGGUUUUCCAAACUGUCCAGACGGCACAGACGAGAGGGGAUGCCCUGACACCACAUGCGGGAAACGUCUGGGAAACUUCUACGGCACAUUUGCCUCUCCGGACUUCUUCCGUCCAAACAGAAGCACGGCGGCAGAGCUCCGGUGCUCCUGGCUCUUGGACACUCAGGACCCCAAACCCAUAGUGCUGCAGCUGGACCUCCAGCUGGGCCCCGGGGACUCGCUGCACGUGUACGACGGGCUGCAGCAGCGCGCAGAGCACCUUCUGCAGGUUCUCUCCUAUCACAACAACCGCCGGCCCGCUCUGCUGGAGUCCAGUCGUGGACAGAUGAGCGUCAUGUACUUGGCUCAGCCGCACAGCCCGGGACAUGGAUUCAACGCCACGUACCAGGUCAAAGGUUACUGCUUCCCGGGAGAGCGGCCCUGCGGUAGUGACCAGGGCUGCUACUCGGAGCGCCAGCGUUGUGACGGCUACUGGCACUGCCCAUCGGGACGCGACGAGGAGGGCUGCCCCAUCUGCCCCGCGGGGGAGUUCCCCUGCGAGGGCAACAGCGGCGUGUGCUACCCCGCCUCUGAGCGCUGCAACAACCAGAAGCGCUGCCCAGACGGUUCCGACGAGAAGAACUGCUACGAAUGCCAACCCGGAAACUUCCACUGCGGGACAAACCUGUGCAUCUUCGAGACGUGGCGCUGCGACGGUCAGGAGGACUGUCUGGACGGCAGCGACGAGAGGGACUGCAUGGCCGCCGUGCCCCGGAAGGUGAUCACGGCGGCCCUCAUCGGGAGCCUGAUCUGCAGCCUUCUGCUCGUCAUCGCUCUGGGCUGCGCUCUCAAGCUGCACUCGCUGAGGAACAGAGAGUACAGAUCAUUUGAAACACAGAUGACUCGGAUGGAAGCAGAGUUUGUUCAGAGAGAAGCUCCGCCCUCAUAUGGUCAGCUGAUCGCCCAAGGCCUCAUCCCUCCAGUGGACGAUUUCCCGGCUUAUAAUCCGUCUCAGGCGUCCGUGCUGCAGAACCUCCGCUUGGCCAUGCGGCGUCAGAUGAGGCGACACUCAUCUUGCCGUUCAUCUUCUUCCUCGUCUCGUCGCCGUCUGGGACAUCUGUGGACUCGCAUCAGAGGCCACGCCCCUUUGCUGGACUCUCCCGGACCCCCCCAGAUAACACUCGGGCUGCACAGCUACAGGACUGCGUCUGAGCCUCAGGUUGCCACCGGGUUUGGGAACGAGGCGGCGGUGGCAUCGCACUCUUGUUGCCAUGACGACAUGAACCUCCAACCCUGUCUGUGUGGAAGCCCCCUGUCUUCCCUGUCGCCUCAGUCUCAGACAGUGGACAGUCCAGUGGAGGAACUGCUCAGAAGCAGAACACAUUCUGAGCCCCCUCACCUUGGCCCCAGUGAGCCCCCUCCUCUCUGCAGCUCUGCCCCCCCUUCACAGGGACCUACUGCCCCCCCCCACCCCCGGGUCUCCAGGAAACUGGUUCUGGAGCUGGCGGUGAACCUUAAAGGAGUUGCAGUCAGGCGCUACUCCCCCCUGGGACCCCUGUCUCCGCUGUCUCCCCUGGUUUUCCCCAGUGGUUCUCGGACUCCCACAGGCCAGCUGGACUCGGAGCCCUCACAGGGAAGCCCCUCGGACUCAGACUUGACUCCUGAAGUGCCAAACAGAGGAAUGAAACCAUGCAAAAAGAGAGGAGAGCGCAGCCGCUCUGCGAGAGCAGGCCUCUCCUGA